GCUUGUUGUUGGUGUCUUUGUGUAAAGAAACUGUGGAGUCCCGCCUCAUUCUAGGAAGCAGCUCACCCGUGUGCCGGUGUUUAGUGUCCAGGUGUGGAGUGGAGCUUGUUGUUGGUGUGUGUGAAGAAACUGUUAAGCAUGGCCAUGUACACAGAUUACAUUGGAAGAGACAUCCAGGGUAAAAAAAUUUACCCUGUGACUGAAUACUCUAAGUCACAACGCAUCGCCCUACUGAUCAAUAUUAUAAGGUUUUAUGAUCCAAAAUCAAACCGACACGGAGCUGAGCAUGAUACAAAAGCCAUGCUCAAUCUGUUCAAUUAUCUGGGAUAUGACGUGUUACAAUAUCAGGACCUGACUGCACAGGAGAUUGAUCAAGCUCUAAUACAUUUCUCCAAGCAUCCAAAGCUCUUUCACACAGACAGUGUGUUUGUGGUUCUCAUGUCUCAUGGAGGCACUGGAACUAUCUGUGGCUCUGACCUGAAGGACUUUAAAAUUGAUACAAUUUAUGAGCGUUUAAACACAAAGAACUGUCCUGCACUGAUGAAUAAACCAAAGGUCAUCAUCAUUCAGGCCUGCAGAGGAGGAAAUGAGGGAGUAGUGAAGGUAUCUGGAAGUAGACAAUCAAUGGCCACAGAAUAUAUCCGAUCGCCAUCAAAAAACGUUCCCAAACGUAGUACAGUAUACGUUGAAAAGGACUUCAUUGGUUUUCAUUCCAGCACUCCUUACACCUAUUCAUAUAGAAUCCGAAAAUAUGGUUCUGAUUUUAUUCAUUACAUUUGUGAUGAGAUCUUUGCUCAUUGUCAUAAGGAUCAUAUUGAAGAUCUGUUCAAAAAGGUCAUGCAACGCUUUGAAGACGACCCCUCUGAAUAUAUGCAGAUGCCGACCAAAGAGAGAGACACUUUGACAAAAGACUUCUACCUGCUUCCAGUUGCAGGAAUUAACCACCUGUCCCCUGGAGAGGAGCAUCCAUGCGUGAGACUGAAAAAUCCCAGGGUCGAGCCUGCUGGAGUCCGAUGGUUGAGACCA